AUGCAGUUUCCUAUGGGCCCUGCGUGCAUCUUCUUGAGAAAGGGCAUUGCUGAGAAACAACGGGAAAGACCCCUGGGGCAGGAUGAGAUCGAAGAGCUCCGGGAAGCAUUUCUUGAGUUUGACAAGGAUCGAGAUGGGUUCAUCUCCUAUAAGGACCUGGGGAAUCUCAUGAGGACGAUGGGUUACAUGCCCACAGAGAUGGAGCUGACUGAGCUGGGCCAGCAAAUACGCAUGAACCUUGGUGGUCGUGUGGACUUUGAUGACUUUGUGGAGCUAAUGACCCCAAAACUGCUUGCUGAGACUGCUGGGAUGAUUGGUGUCCAAGAGAUGCGAGAUGCCUUCAAGGAGUUUGAUGCCAAUGGGGAUGGCGAGAUCACACUGGCGGAGCUACAGCAGGCCAUGCAGAGGCUUCUCGGGGAGAAGCUCACACCCCGAGAGAUCUCCGAGGUGGUCCAGGAGGCUGACAUCAAUGGGGACGGCACCGUUGACUUUGAAGAGUUUGUGAAGAUGAUGUCUCGUUGA